CCGUGGCUGGUCCGCGGGCGGCGCGGCGUCAUGUCCCCGGGCAGCAAGGCGAAGACGGAGUACAUGAAGAGCUACCAGGAGCCGCGCUGGGAGGAGCACGGGCGCUACUACCGCGAGCUGCUGCACUACCGCUGGGGCCGCCGGCUGCUGGAGCAGGCGCACGUGCCCUGGCUCUGGGACGACGGCGGCCCGGCCGGCGCCUCCGACCACUGGGCGUCGACGGAGUCGCCGGGAGCCGGGGGCCCCGAGCCCCAGUGCAGCCUGGCCUUGCCCGCGCCGUCCGAGGAGCCCGCGGCGCGGGAGGAGACGGGGUCGCAGGUGCGCGGGUCCCCGGAGGAGGAGCGCGCGGACGCCGGGCACGCGGAAGCCGAGGACGCGCCUCCGCCAGCACUGCCUGUGAACGAUGUAGAAGAAAAACCUGAACAAACCAGAAAAGAGACUGAUAAAUUACCCACCAGUAUCAAAGCUCGACAAAGACGAAGUGCCUUAUUUGCCAGAGGAAAUAGGAAAGCUGUCAAAAGUCCCCAAAGAUCGUCAACUAAAGCAAAAGAAGAAAAGCGUCCGUUUGCUCUUUAUGGCUGCGGAGAAAAAAAGAUGGUUAUCGGCAGCCAAAAAACUCACAACGUGUGCGCGUCUGCCCCUGAGCAUGAGAUUCAUGAGUCAGCAUUACGAGCCAAGAACAGAAGACAGGUGGCAAAAAGGAAAUUCGCUGCUCAAAGCUAAUGUGCUCACUCUGCGGAUGCGGAGGACAGACAGAUGAAGUCUUCCACCUCAGCGAAACCCGUGGAUGGCAGAAUACAUGAGGUGCUAUUUGGCCAGAGCUUAAACAGUUGCUUGGACAGCUUCUUUUAAAAAGUGUAAAUGACAGGAAAAUCAAGAUAAGACAAAAACUAUCAAAAGAUACUAAAUGUAGGUUUAAGAAACCAACUGAUUAAGCAAGAGUUUUACUAAGGAGAUAUCUAAAAGAUUGUUUUAUUUUGAUAAAUACUGUCCGGCAGCAGGCCAGACAGCUGAAGCCAUAAACACUGGGUUAUUUAUGAAGAUUAUUAAACUUAAUUUAGCUUUUAUUUAGAUUGUGAUAUUUAAGAAUUAAGAUAUUUAAUCAAGAUAUUUAAUUUAGCAAUUAAGAUAUUUAAUUCUUAAAUAUCACAAUCUAUAUGAAAGUUAUGCUGAAUUAAAAUGCAAAUGAGUUUAUCUUCAUAAAUAUUCCAAUGUCUAUGGGCUGGGUGAGGGUCAUUUUUUCCCUUUUAAAUUAUCUAGGUACUUUUUAUAUAAUAGCUUAUAUAAUAGUUCAAAUACAUUCCAGUAGAUAAAGUGCCAACACAAUGUGUAGAAUAGUAAUAAAAACCAAAGUUUCUUUUGAAUCAAAAACUGUCACUUUUUUUUUUAUUGCAAGAUGUUUUUGUUUUAGAACACAUAACGCGCACUCUGUUACACUCUAGCCUUUUGGCGCACACCCACUGUGGCCUUCUGCCUCUUCAGCAAUAGCUGGUGGUGAUAUUUAGAACUUACAAUCUGAAAUUGCAUUUAGCAAAUUGAGAUUGUUUGGCCCAUUGGGGUGGGGACCAUUGUUAAGAUACCCACUAGCCAUGUUGCCCACCCCCACUUUCUUUUCUUUUUCUUCUACAGAACUUAACAAUAAUGAAGACUUGCUGUACAAUAUUUAGACUUUAGGUUGAAAUACAUUACUCUUUGAUUCCUAGCCAGUAGAUUUAUCUACACCUUAACGUGAGGGAACGGUGGUGUGUGGGUAGGCACAAAUGUCUGUAAAUAGUGCUCCUUCUCUUCAGCACAUUUGCUUUUGGGGUAGUAAAAUGGUUUUAAAAAAGACUGGUUUCCAUAAAAAAUGAGCGAAAUCUUGUGAUUCUGCAGAGACAGGAAUCUACUAGAAGGAUGUGUGCUAAGUUCUUUAUAAGUGAUAAGAAAAGUACUUUUGGCUAUGCCAACUUAGCACUUGAAUGUGUGUGAAUGAACAUUUGGCGUUAGAUGUGAGACUGGGCAUUUCUUUGAUGCUUUUACUCUGGGGUCUUUGCGUACGACAGUCAAUUUUUAGAACACAGAUUGGUUUCAUUUCAUUACACAUAAAAUCUUCAGCGUCAUCUUAAAACUAUCAAGUUUUGAAAACACAUACUAAAGUAUUGUGAGCUUUAAAAAAAUUUUUUUUUAAAUAUCUGCAUAGUUUUGAGGUGAAUUCUUUUACAUAGAGAGCUUUCCUAAUCACUCAGAUAUAUAUAUAUAUAUAUAUAUAAUAAGAGGAAAUUCUACAUGUUGUCCAAAACAACCUUGCUAGUAAUUCUAAAGAAUCUGGGGGUUAACUAUUAUUAAAGUCUUUCAACAUUGCAGGUACGUAAAGAUCACAUUAACAUGACAAUUAUGAUAGUGUAUAAUUGUGAAAAAUAUUCCCUUAACAUAACUUUUGCACAUUUGGUGUUAGCCAUCCAGCUCAGACAUUUGUAUUGCACCUGACAAUCUUAGGAAAGAUGAUGGCCUUAGGGAGUAGUUCAGGCCCACAUUGAUGCACUGCCUUAGAAACCUGACUCCUCUAGACUUUGAAAAAGCCAGACUUUCUCUUGUUUAGAAAACAGACUUAUAUUUAAUGUGCUUACUUCUGAAAACUCCAGAUGGGAAAAAACCU